AUGGCCUCUUCUUCCGACAUAUCCUACUGGGUAUAUAAGCCAACCAAAGGUGUCUCCAUUGCAUUUGCCGUGCUCUUUUUUGUCUCGGGCGUCCUUCACGUGUGGCAAAACAACCUCAAAUACAAGGGCUCGUGGCGAAUUGGCUUUCUCUUCCCAUGGGCGGCAGCACUGUUUGUUGCAGGACUUGUAACUCGAGAAUACGGUGCAUAUCAUACCGAUGAUCUCGGCGUAUUUAUUGCCAGUACGGUUCUGUUGUUCAUUGCUCCACCAGUCUACAACGGUGCAGAUUACUUCAUUUUCGGCAGGCUGUUGUACUACAUACCGUACCUGUCUCCUCUUCACCCAGGACGUGUCUGGACUACUUUCGUCGCGUUGGACCUCGUCGACGGGAUAAUUGCAGGCAACGGAGCCUCGUACGCGGCGAAUUCCAGUAACAGCGAAUCAAAAAUCAAAUUGGGCGUCAUACUGGUCAAGGUGUCGCUCUUUCUUCUGCUGGGCAUGUUUCUCGGCUUUAUAUACCUUAUAGCCAUCUUCCACAGACGAUGCAUCGCAGCCAACGUCUUCACCCACAAAGUGAAAGUUGUCGUGUACUCGCUCUAUGCCUCUGGCUUUCUCAUUCUCAUCCGCAACACCUUUCGCACCGCCUCGUUCUUCUACCCGCCAACCUCGACAGCCAAUGGAAAAGAGUGGACUUUUUGGGUACUAGAGGUCGUCCCUAUGCUCUUCAACACCUACCUCAUGAACAUCUAUCCGCCCUUGAAAUACCUACCCCACAAUAACAAGUUAUACCUGGCUGUGGAUGGCAAGACAGAGAUCGAAGGCCCAGGAAUGGUCGAGAAUAGACCUUUCAUCCUGACACUGGUUGAUCCGUUCGACCUUGUCGGGUUGGUGACGGGGCAAGAUAACAAGAACAGAUUCUGGGAGAAGGACGGUAUUGGCGGACCGAAGGGGUCGGCGCGUCGUAGAAUUGGAGAUGAUAACGAACUAGGCAGAGGGAUAAAGGGAGGCCACAGCAAAACUCGAGUACAUGAUACAGAGGUUAUCUGA